AUGUCCGAAGUUAUCUCUCUAUUGAAAAGCUACACCAACAACGCCGCAGACGGGACUGGCAUAGUCAAGCUCGUGGACAUCACGAAAAAGGCCCUCCAUCUCAAGUCCAAUAGCCAGAUCCCAUCCACGCUUGUUGAUUACGUCAAGGGCCAGCAGCAAGCCCAAUUUGGAUCCUAUCCAGAUCACAAGGAUGUGGCUCCAAGCUCAGUCUUUACGGCAGUGUUCUUCCUGCUGAUGCUAGGACACCUUUAUAUCUUCACCAGGAACUCCACCAGAGGACACUGGUUCCCACUUUCGCUUGCUUUUGCUUUCUACUGUCUUCUACGUCUUCUUGGAUUUGCUUUGAGAAUUGCUUGGGCAAAGGACAUUCUGCGUCUUCACGUGGGAAUUGCCUCGGAGGUGCUUCUCAUUCUUCCUACCGUGUUCCUGGCUUCUUUUAAUUUGGUCCUGGCACAAAGAAUUUUCACUUGGAAGCACCCUGUUGGGGGAAACUGCAAGCCGUUCUGGUAUAUCAUGUUGGCCAUCUACUCGAUCGUUGCUGCCGUCGUGAUCAUGACAAUUGUGGCAGGAACAGUUCCAUACCUAUACCUGCUCAGCCAAAGUCAUUACGACAUGUGCAGAAACGUUGUGAAGGCCACCUCUAUCAUGAUCUGCAUCUACUCUGUUCUUGCCAUUCUUCUUGUUCUUUCCGCUUUCCUGAUUCCAAGUUCAUCCAAGGACAGAUCGUCACUGGUGUUCCAACCGUUCUGGAUCAAGUCGUUCUCGCCAACCUAUUUUGUUGAUAAGCAUGCUGCUCAAGAGGGAAGAAGACUUUUCGUGCUGAGACACGGUCCUGCCGCCACAAGUUCCAAAAGAACGAUCCUUCGUGGUCGCUUCUUCCAUAGCGACACAGAGCUCGGAGAUCUGGAAGAGUUUGAGACUUCUGACUCAAACUUCUCUUCCAGACAUAACAGCUCUAUUUCGCUAAUUGCAUUGACGUCUAUCUGUGUUCUUAUCGGGGCCAUGUUCAGAUGCGUGGGACUAUUCCUGAACCAGACAUACGCCAACCAGAGCUGGAUCUUCAAGCCAGUUGUCAUGUACAUGUUCUGGGGGUACUUGGAGACCGCAGUCAAUGUGCUGUACCUGUACGGUAGAGUUGAUCUGAGAUUCUACAGACCAGACAGAAUUCCAAAGUCCCAGAUUACCAAAGUCAGUUCAAACAUCGAGUCGAGCCUCACGGAGGAUAAGAGAGACCUUGUGUCUGGCCCAAGCUCUGCCCAUGAUGGUCCAGCCACCACAUUCUAA